UUCAGCUGUAACUGUGAUUGCUAAAAUAUAUAAUUACUGUUUAUAAAAAUUUUUACAAACGAUUUAUGGGUUACGGAAUGAUGUUAUCAAAUUAUGAUUUGUCAAAUAUAAUUUGAAAUAAUAUUAUAUCAAUCUCAUAAUUAUACUUUUAAUUUGAAAUUGAUUCAUUUCUGUAUUUAUUUGAAAAUGAGCUGUUCAGAACUUCAAGAUGAAGAAUUAGAAGUGCUUUUAUCAAUAUAUGAUGGAGAUAAAUGCUUUCGGCAACUCUCUCCUAAGUGUUUUCAGUACAAAAUUGGUGAAGAUGCUGAUCCAAAAUCAUUUCUUCUUGAAAUAUCUUGGGGCCCACAGUAUCCAGAAGCACCUCCUUCUAUUAAUCUCGAUUCUUUUUAUAAUAAAAAAUUAAUUCCAGAAGUGAAAAAGGCAAUUAUAAACAAAUUAUUAGAAGAGGCAGACAUGCAGAUUGGUACUGCCAUGACAUACACUCUUUUUGAAUGUGCUAAAGAAAAUGCUGAAAAACUUACAAAAUUACAACCAGAAAAUUUCAUAUCCUCAGAAAGUACACUAGCAGCUGAAGAUAAAACAGUCAUGGAAGAAGCGGUAUCUACGAAGAAGGAGAAGAAGCCCCAGCUAACAAAACAGCAAAAGAGAAAGCUAGCUGAGAAACUUGAUGCAAGGGGUGAACGUCCAAGAGGUUGGGAUUGGGUGGAUGUAGUGAAGCAUCUUAGUCAAAUUGGUUCAAAACAAACGGAUUCAACUUCUUAACAUAUUACUGUGAUAGUGCCAAUAUGUGUAUAUUUUUUUCUUGAAGAUAUAUUUUUAAAAUGAUAUACAAAAUUAAAUAUGUUGUUCUAGGAA